UUCGAAAUCGAUAUGUCAGCGACUGUUGAAAACACAUGUGGCCCACGCUGCAAUUUGUUGGCUGAUGACAUAAGUAAAAAGGAUUUGAAAAAAUGAGUGCAGAGAAUACAAUGGACGUUGAGCAGGAUGAAAACGAAGAAGAUGAGGAAGACAAAAUAAAAAGUUUCCACGAAAUGGAGAUAGAUGAUCGCAUACUUAAGGCUAUUGCAAAGCUCGGGUGGCUAGAGCCAACUUUGAUACAGGAGAAAACAAUACCAUUGUUACUGGCAGGCAAAGAUGUUUUGGUCAGAGCUAGAACUGGUUCUGGUAAAACUGCAGCCUUUGCCGUUCCAAUAAUACAAAAAAUUCUAUCUGAGAAACAAAUGCAGACAAAACAAGAAAUCAAAGCAUUGAUUUUAGCACCUAGUAAAGAACUUUGCAAACAAAUUUAUCAAGUCAUAAUAGAUUUGACGAUAAAGUGUUCAAGAGAAGUUAAAUGUGUGGACAUUAGUCCUCAGUUGGAGCUCAACGCUCAAAAACCAUUACUAGCAGAAAAGCCAGAUAUUGUUGUCGCAACACCUAGCAGACUGCUGCAACAUAUUAAGGCUAAAAAUUUGAACCUGAAACACACACUUCAGACUCUUGUGAUAGAUGAAGCUGAUUUGGUUUUCUCAUUUGGAUAUGAAGAUGAUGUCAAAUCUGUAUUGACUUUUUUGCCUACAGUUUAUCAAGCUGUUCUUGCAUCGGCUACACUUUCAGAGGACGUAUUGUCUUUAAAGAAGUUAGUUCUACACAAUCCUGCGGUCUUAAAAUUAGAAGAACCACCUUUAGCUCCACCCUCUCAAUUAGCACAUUAUACUCUAGCAGCUGAAGAAAAUGACAAAGCAGCUAUAUUAUAUGCCUUGCUUAAAUUGCACUUGAUCAGAGGGAAAACAAUUAUAUUUGUUAAUACAGUGGAUCGGUGUUACAAAUUAAAAUUAUUUUUGGAACAAUUUGGAAUCCCAACAUGUGUAUUGAAUUCUGAAUUGCCAGCAAGUUCCAGAUGUAGGGCAGUAUCACACUUCAACAGUGGGACUUACGAUAUCAUUGUAGCUUCUGAUGAGAAAGCAUUAGAAGAGCCACAUCUACUGAAAGAUAAAAAAACUAAACGUAGAAAAGACAAGGAGUCUGGUGUAGCGCGAGGCAUCGAUUUCCAGUUUGUGUCAAAUGUGAUAAACUUUGAUUUUCCAUUGGAUGUCAAUUCGUAUAUUCAUAGAGCAGGGCGUACAGCCAGAGGUAAAAAUCAAGGCACAGCUUUAAGCUUUGUAGCCAUGCGAGAAAGAGCUCUGCUCGAUGAUAUUGAAGCACAAUUGAAAGAAGGAUAUAACAGAGAAAAUAUCUUUAAAACAUACCAGUUCAAAUUGGAAGAAGUUGAAGGAUUCAGAUACCGAUCUAAAGAUGCCUGGAAAGCUGUGACAAGGAUCGCAGUGCGCGAGGCUAGACUCAAAGAGAUAAAACAGGAGGUACUGACUUGCGAAAAACUGAAGGGAUAUUUUGAAGAUAACCCAAAAGAUUUAAAAUCCCUGCGUCAAGACAAAGCACUGCACACAGUGAGGCUACAACCACAUUUAAAAGACGUUCCGGAAUACAUAGUCCCGAAAACUUUGAAAAGGCUAACGGGAAUCGGCAAAAAAAAGCGAAAAUUUAAUCGGGAUGCCGCUGCAGCUGGUUCAAGUGCCUCAAAGUCGAAAUACAAUGCUAGGGCUUCGAAUCCAUUGAUCAGUCUUAGUUUACCACGAAAAAAAUGACGUACAUCAUGAAGAUAAACUAUCUGUCCCAUGUAUCUAGUUGUACUUGAACUCAAAACAUUGUUAAUAUAAAGAUUUUUCAGGAAAUUCAAAAAGCCAAUUUUGAAUCCA